AGACUUGAGGAUGGAGGCGCAGCAGGCACUGGUGGCCUCCAAGGAUGGGGAUAUGGCCACCUUGGAACGGCUAUUUGAGGCUGGUGCCCUAAGACCAGACAUCACUGAUGAUCUGGGGGCUGGCCUGGUGCAUCAUGCCACCCGGGCUGGUCACCUGGACUGUGUCAAGUUCCUGGUACAGAGAGCCAAGCUGCCAGGCAACCAGCAGGCACACAACGGGGCCACACCAGUGCACGAUGCAGCAGCCACGGGCAACCUGGCAGAGCUGUGCUGGCUGGUCCGUGAUGCGGGCUGCGGGCUGCAGGACCAAGAUGCCUCAGGUGUCUCUCCGCUGCACCUGGCUGCCCGGUUUGGACACCCAGCCCUGGUGGAGUGGUUACUCCGUGAGGGCCAUGCAGCCACACUGGAGACGCUGGAAGGGGCCUUACCACUGCACCACGCUGCUGUAAGUGGUGAUCUGACCUGUCUGAAACUCCUGACAGCGGCCCACAGCAGUGGUGUGAACCAGCGGACAUGCAGUGGUGCCUCUCCACUCUACCUGGCCUGCCAAGAGGGCCACCUGCAUCUGGCACAGUUCCUGGUGAAAGACUGCGGGGCCGACGUGCGCCUGAGAGCCCUGGAUGGCAUGAGCUCAUUGCACGCUGCGGCUGCCCACGGCCACUACUCUCUAGUUGUCUGGCUGGUGACAUUCACAGACAUCGGCCUGACAGCACGGGAUAAUGAAGGAGCCACUGCCCUGCACUUUGCAGCUCGGGGGGGCCACACACCUAUUCUCGACCGGCUCCUGCUCAUGGGUGCCCCCAUCAUGAGAGACUCUUGGGGAGGGACUCCCCUGCAUGAUGCAGCCGAGAAUGGACACAUGGAGUGCUGCCAGACUCUGCUCUCCCACCACGUAGACCCCUUCCUGCGGGAUGAAGAUGGGUAUACAGCGAUAGACCUGGCAGAGUACCAUGGACACCAGGAUUGUGCCCAGUUCCUGCGGGAAAUGUCUCGGCCGGUGCGGGUCCUGAUGACACCCCCACCCCCACCAUUUCCACCUCCUCCACUGCUGGCUGCAAAACUCUCCCUGGAAGAGGAAAGAAGAGGGGACUCGGGACUCAAAAGCCCCUCAUCUGCAACUCUCAGCCCAGUCUGGCCUGCUCAGCCUGUCCCAAGGGAACCGAUGGCCUGCACGGCCCCUCUGAGGGUCACCACCCCAGAUGCUCUUCAGGGGCCUGAGGUGGAAGCCCGGGACUCCCGUGCUGGCCUAGCCACUCUGCAGCUGGAUGGCUUGCCUGCGGGAGAUCUUGACAUGCUGGUGCCCACACAGGACGAGCGUGGCCGGCCCAUCCCUGAGUGGAAGCGGCAGGUGAUGGUGCGGAAGCUACAGGCUCGCCUGGGUGCAGACCAUCCUCCAGAAGACCAGGACCAGAGUCAGAGGCAGGACUCAGGGCCCACCGCUGCAGAACAGGCAACUUGGAGAUAUUCACAGACGCACCAGGCCAUCCUGGGCCCCUUUGGAGAGCUGCUGACGGAGGAUGAUCUUGUAUACCUGGAGAAGCAGAUCAACGACCUGCAGCUCCGGCGACGCUGCCAGGAGUAUGAGAGUGAGUUGGGCCGGCUGGCAGCCCAGCUGCAGGCCCUCCUGCCCGAGCCCCUGGUCAGCAUCACCGUCAACAGCCACUUUCUGCCCCGGGCUCCCGGCCUGGAAGACGAGGAAGCUCCAGUCCUGGCGACUGAACUCGAAGCCUCCGAGGAGCCGGGGAAGGCCGAGCCCAGAGGGCAGCCGCUGCCCUUCUGGUGCAGCCACAUCGGUCGCCUGGUGCGCAGCAUGUCCCUGCUGCUGAAGGGUAUGAACGGGCUGGCACAGGGUGAGGAGAAACCACCCUCACCGGUCCCGCAGGACCUAGGCAAGGAGACCAUUGCCGGCCCCUCCCGGAGCGAGGCCCAGCGCGAGAUCCAAGAGUGCGGAGUGUCAGUUCGGACAUUGCGGGGGAACUUCGAGUUUGCCCCUGAUCUGCCCUGCGCCUUGAACUCGGGUCCCUGUGAGCUGGGGGUGCGGCCUGGCCAGUGUCUGAGAGGUUGCUGGUCGGCGCCGCCACAGCCCCGAGGCGACGCGAUGGGUGGGGAGCCCGGGCCAGGCGACACAGAGGAGGCCAGCGACUCGGGCAUCAGCUGCGAAGAGGCCCCGUCAGAGGCCGGCGCGGGUCCAGGGCUGGACCUGGCCAGCUUGCGCAAGGAGCGCAUCGUCAUGCUCUUCCUCGGCCAUUGGAAGAAGUCAGCCUACACGCCCGCGCUCCGGACGGCAGCCUGCAGGACCCUGGAGGCUCAGCGUGCACGAUCCAGGGGCCCAGAGGCCGCGGGUAGCCCCCGGCCGUCCUCCCCGCAGCCCAGCGAUGGCCCUCGGCUUGGCCACCUGUGGCAGCAGCGUGGCAUCAUCACCCACCUGCUGGGCACCUGGAAAGCCAUCAUGGCGCACGUGCCCGCCCGGCAGCUGCGGAGGCUGAGCCGCAGGGAGCGUGGGCCCCUGUCUCCGGAGCAGUUCUUGCCGCACGUGGACGGGGCCCCCGUGCCCUACAACAGCCUCUCGCUGGACCUCUUCAUGCUUGGCUACUUCCAGCUCCUGGAGUGCGACCUGCCAGCCGAGGAGCGCAAGAUGCGCCACCUGCUGUGCUUCGAGGUUUUCGAGCAUCUGGGCGCACACGGCUGGGAGGCUGUGCGAGCCUUCCAUAAGGCAGUGACCGACGAGGUGGCCGCGGGUCGCCGCGCCUGGACCGACGGCUUUGAGGACAUCAAAGCCCGCUUCUUCGGCUCCAGCCAGGGUCCCCCCUGGGACGUGGAGCCAGGUCGCAAGCUGGGCCUGACACCACUCGGGUCCUUGCCCCAUGCUUCCCUUCCUGGCAGCGGCCCUGAACCUGCGGUGCCGCCGAGGCUGGGGUCUGAUUCCCAGGGGAGCAGCUUCAACAGCGGAGACAUCUGUGGCUACAUCGACCGCAGCUUCGCAUUCUGGAAGGAGAAAGAGGCUGAGAUGUUUAACUUUGGAGAAUGACUGUUCACCUGGUGCGAUAGGACGCUGGGGGGGGGGGGGAGAGGUUUGGGGUUCCUUUGUUCAUUCUUUGUGCUCCCCGGGGGUCAGGUGAAGUGGGCUGACUUCUGUCUGUCUUCAUAGAGAUCAGAGGUCUCUUAGGCCUUGGUGCCCAUCUCUUCUGAGCAGUGACUGGGAUCAAAUCCUUCUCACUUGUGAGCACAGCCCUCAGACCCUCAAGUGGUCGUAUGGGUCUGAGGGUCCUGCAGCCAAGGAGCUGGUUCUGUUUCCAGCUGUCACAUGGGUGUCAGUUUUAAUGGCUCAGGUGGUCUCAGCUACACGGCCACCUUCUCUACACCUCCCUUUGGGCCUCAGCUCUGGGCCUGCCUCUAUUGUUUGUUUGUUUGUUUGUUUUCUGGCAACUUCCUAUCUCUAAAACCAGAGGGAGCUGUGUCUAGAGUGACCAAUCUCCCUGACAGGAGAGCUUCUGAGACCCCAAAGCCUCAAGGCAGACAAGUGGCCCUGCCCCGAUUCUCCUGCUGGUCAGCAUAGCUGCUAUGGUAUGAAUGCUAGCAGCAUCUCUUCUCUGGCACUGCCUGGACCCUGAAGGAAAGCUCUCUGUUAGGCCUUUGUCUUCCAGCUGACUAACCCUUCCAAGACCCUCAGAUGGAGGCCGUGGCUGGGCCACAGGAGGUCCCUAAGAGCAAGGAUACCAAGAGGUGAGGAACCCUUUGAAUAGAAAGGUUGGUAUCCUCUGGAGGGAAACUGGCCUUCAGAAGCUGGGAACAGCUUACAGCAAGGGGCAAACAUAGCAGGGGUGUUCAUGUGGACAUCUGGGUGUCACCUUCCCACUUGGGCACAGAGAAAGGAGUUAAACACCUUGGGGAUUCCAGGUACCAUAGAGAGCCACAGGAGCCAGGUGCUAGAGAGGGAUCCCUCCCCACCCCCAGAUUGCUGACUGUAAGAUAGAGCUUGUUUGAUUCCCGCUUCUGGUGACAGACAGAAGGAUGAGUCACCACCCACCUUAUGGGGGCCAGGAGAACUGGCCUGGAAUCCAUGGAGGACUUUGGGGUAGUGACUUUUUGAGGAGAAUACAACUGGCAUGGGACAGGGAUCUGCAGUCAAGUCUCUUAGGGGCAAAGCCAUGCACAGUGGGGACAGGCCAUCUCCAAGAGUCUCCUACAGUGUCCCCGCAUUACCACUAGGGGGAGCAGGGAGUCCUAACCUUGGGCUCUGGGAUGACAGUAGAAAGGCAGUCUAUACAGACUCAAGACUAUGUAAGGGUCCCAUAGACGGGGACCUCCAGGGAGAUAAAGUUGGCACAGGGCAUGGGUUUUGGUGCUGGGGGAGCCACAAAGGGCAGUGGUACAGGUCCUGGCUCCAAGUUGCCUCCAGCCUGGGCCCACCUGGGACCUGCUCUGAGAUGGUGGGGUGAAUCCUCCUUUUCUGCCUUUGGCUUCCUCUGCCUUUAGAGUCUCAUCAGAAGCUGAAGCUGGAUAUAUGUUUGCUAAAUAAAAUUGCCACCACAAUACCCACACACCAGCAAAAGCAAGUGCCCCCUCCCAGCCCCGGCCCUCUGGUGUAAGCUGCACCUUUUAAAGAUGGUGGCACAUUUUAGUUUGGUGAAUUCACACUUGGAGUCUAUUCUGGGGGAAAUAACUGCAUAGCUGAUCCUCUUCAUCACAGCACCCAAAAUGGAAAGUGACCCGAAAGCCCGUGAAUAGGAGCUGUGCCUGGUGUCACCUCCAGCCUUGGGAAGGAAGGUAUCGCCAUGUCCAGAUGAAAUUUAAACCUGUGUUCUCAAACCAAUCUCCUCAAAGCUCAUGAUUCACCAUCAAGUGAUCAAAACAGUGACUUGGGCUCCUCCCGCGUCACGCCCAGACUCAUGGUUGACAGUCUGUAAGGGAUAUUGUUAUUUGCUGCUGGAGAGUUCUUCUUUAUACUUUUCAAACCCGUGUGUGUGAUUUUUUUUUUUUCCAAAUCACCCUAGGCCUAUUUUAAAGGUGCAGCCCUUGGAAGAAAUCUGUCAUUUUGAGAUCCUAGUUGAAAGGGCAACAGAAACCCCAUUUGUCUCCAUUUAAGGACCAGGCCUGAUUCCGAAAAGAAGGCCAUAAGCGCCAGCUCCAGGAACAGCCUAAGGAUACGCACAAAAUGGGGAAAUAUCUCAGAAUGAGCCACCUGUGCUGGGCAGCCCUAUCUCAUCCUAUGGUUAAACAUGACAUAGAAAUGCAGACCUCUAAUCACCUGUGACCCACUAGCACUCACAAAGGAAAUUUUAGAUUACCCUACCUUUUAAAGUAACCUACCUUUAUCUAGGGUAACCAUUUCAAAAAAUGGUUGGCCCCCCGCAUGCUGGUUGUUUCUGCAGAAUAAACACUCUUUGUUUUUGCAUACUCUCUGAGGCUGGGGUCUUCCUUCAGCAAUUUUCAGACCCUUAUACUAGUGUUGUGUCUCCUGCCUGGUCUGUCAUCUGAUGAUGCACCGAGCCUCUAGUGCCCGCAUGGUCUGCUGGGGACCUGCUCACUUGGCACAGCCAGCACUCUCUGUGACAGAGCCUGUGUCACCAUUCCUGUCCUUCACUCCCUCUAGACAGAGCAGGGAGGCACUGACCCUGCAAAUGGGGUGUUAAGCAAAGCCUUCACCUUGCUUCAGUAUCUUUCCCCUAAAUGCCUCCCAGACAAGGACACCCAUGAGGGUCCCCUAUACCACAUGAAGUUUAAUAUCAAAACCGGAGAGAGCGUCUCACUGUGGCCAAGAAACGAGGGACGAAGGAGAAGGUCAUGGAGGUGAGUAAGGAGAGAAGCACAGAGCAGGGGCCCUGCACAUGGCAGGCCCUGCAGGGCUCUCCUGGGGAUGAACAAGUUCUUCCUGGGAAUGAGGCUGUAGUGAGUGUCUGCUACAUGAAUGUCCCCAGCUGCUGUACCAGACAGGAAGAUGUCAUGUAUCCAGCACUCUGCCAGGAGGGCUGUCCCUCAGGGCCACCUGGGACCCUGUCUGUGAGAACAUCACUUCCAUCCCUAGUGCCCUCCCAAAGCAGCAUACCUAUGGUUAUUCUACAUGUGAGAAGGAGGGAGGUACUGAUGAUACGGCCUAGCCUGCUCACCCAGGCUGAGGUGUCCCUUCUGUGCACUGAGGUAUCCUACCUGUGCAUUAAAGCACCCUGUACUGGCUGGUUUUGUGGUCAACUUAACACAAGCUGGAGUUAUCACAGAGAAAGGACCCUCCCUUGAGGAAAUGCCUCCAUGAGAUCCAGCUGUAAGAUAUUAGUGAUCAAGGAUGGGAGGGACCAUUGUGGGUGGUACUAUCCCUGGGCUGGUAGUCCUUGGUUCUAUAAGAAAGCAAGCUGAGCAAGCCAGGGGAAACAAGCCAGUAACAUCCCUCUGUGGCCCCUGCAUCAGCUCCUGCUUCCUGACCUGCUUGAAUUCCAGUUCUGACUUCCUUUGGUGAUGAACAGCAACAUGAAAGUGUAUGCUGAAUAAACACUUUCCUCCCCAA